AUAAAUCAAAAUUUAAAAUCACAAAAAUAUUCUAGCAGCUGUAUAAUUUAUUAAUCAAAUUGAAAUUUUUGAAACUAUGGACGUUUUAGUUUUCAGAUUGUAAGCUUUUAUUCAAUUCAAACAUUUAAUUCUUUCACAUUAAAAUUAAAAUACGUGAUACACAUUUUAAUUUGUUAUAUGUUUUUGGAUACGGCUUAUAUGAUUAACAAAAAGUAGCUACAUUUUUCACAAAACCGUUAAAGUAUAUAAUAUUAUAUGUAGAUAAGAUAAGUAAUCAGCUAAAUGCCUGUCAACAUUAUAAUGAAUAACAUAUAUUAUUUAUUAAACUUAAUGCAACGAUAUCUUAGCUCGAGCUACAAAAAACAAUUUAAUCGAUAUCUAUGCAAGAUCUAUGCAAAACAAAUCGGAAUCAAGAUUACCAGUGAUGCAAUACAUAAGUAAACGUAAUUGCCUGCAAAUGAGAUUAUAAGAAAUGGAUGUUACGAGAAAAGAAACGAACGAUGUCAGGCAGGAAUUCACACGAAUUCAUCAAUGCAGAAGCGAAACGGACGACUUGAAGCCGGUGGUUGAACGAAUGGUAGAAGAGAUUGCCAUGCAUAGUAGUUGCAUAGUCUUCAUCACUGAUCCCGCUUAUCGCGGACUGAUCGACAUGCAUACUAUCUUCGAAAUAUCUUCCUUUCUAUCAAAAUACGACGUAAGUAAUGCAUCAUGCGAUUAAAGUAAAAACCAUUCUUUUAAUGAAAGAUAAAUAACGAUAACUUUUUAACAGAGUAUAUAAAGUUACAUUACUCAAUUAAGUUAAUGACGAUAAUUAAGUAAUGACUGGACGAUUAUAUCCAAAUGUCAUCAUAAUUAUGGAAAUUGCGGUUUUUUUUCAAGGCGUAAUUAACACUUAAUCGCAUUUGAUUUACAAUUGGUUCUAUGAAAAAUGUUAACACACAAUGUUUUAUCAUUAUUAUGUAUGUAUCCUGACUAUAUAUACAUUAUUUGCAUUAUAUAGAUCGCCAUACGAGAUAACGAUGACUUUUCACGUCC